GUAAAAGCCAGGGCCAUGAGCCCUAGAGGGAGAGAGGCUGAAGAGCUGAGAGUGGGCUUCCAGGGAGGCCCUCAUCCAGAGAAAGGAAUUGGUGCUUGUGUGUGAGGAUGAGGGGGUGGAGGCAGCAGGACAAUGCAAAGGCUAAAGACCUGAAUUGGAAAAUGUAAGGGAAGGAGACAACGUGAAUGAAAAAACUUGCCAACUGCAUGUUCUUAGGAGCUUACUGUGGUCAGAAAGGAGCAAAGGACUCUUAUCUCUCUUAGUCAUCUCUGGGAAUCUGUUCUAAGAGAUUUUAAAAAGAGAUGUGCCUUAAAGAUUUAUAUGUAAAGCUGUGCAUUACAAAAAUCUGAACCAAGCUACAUAUACAAGAGUUGGAGAAUGGAUACAAACACACUGUCCAAUCAUAAAAGGGAUUUUCAUACAGUCAUUAGGAAUCAUAUUUUUAAUAAAGGGUUUUUAUUUCUAAUUGUAAUAAAACUGGAUCGAAUUUGGACAUUUAAAUUGUAUCUACAUUUUGCUGUUGUAGAUCUUACUUAUGAUGAACCGCUUUAAACAUGAAUGUUUGUGUUAAUACCUGAUUUUUUUUUUUUUAGCAGUAAUUUCUACAAGUGGAAUUUCUGGGUCAAAUUAUAAUUUUGACAAUUUUCAGGCAUUUAGUAUAUAUCUAUGGCCAAAAUACUUCCAGAAACAGUUAUAUUCCCAUGAAGCAAAGUAUAUGAUUACCAUCACAGAUUAUUUAAAUUUUAUUCCUUCAUAUUUUUCUCCAUUUUGAAGUUGUCUAUAAUCAGGAACAAAACCCAAUAAAUAUCCUAAAAAAAUUAGUGAAAAUAUAUUCCUCACUCUGAGGACAGCACUGAAAUUGUUACCUAUAUAAUAAUAAUAAUACUGUCCUCUCUCUAGCAGCUUAGGGAGUAGUUUUGAAGAGCAGAGGAUAUGGUGAAAGGCAGUCUUUUGUCUGAGAGUUGUCCGGGUUUCAGGCAGGCUCCAGAGAAUACCCAUCAGCACAGAUCUCUGCUCCCGGCUCCUCUUCAACCCACCCACCCGCCUCUGCGGGCCUUGUUCUCAAAGGCAGUUCCCGGUGCACGUAUCACGACAGCAGCACAGAUGAAAAUGGCGCUGUCGCUAGACUUCCCUCUGCCCCACCUCCUUGUCUGCAUCAUCUUGGUCCAGCUGCUCACCUCUUGCUCAGCUCAGUUUGCUGUGAUUGGACCCCCUGGGCCCAUCCUGGCCAUGGUGGGUGAAGACGCUGAGCUGCCCUGUCACCUGUCCCCGAAGAUGAGCGCAGAGAACAUGGAACUGAAGUGGGUGAGAUCCAGCCUCAGGCAGGUAGUUUUCAUGUACGCACAUGGCAAGGAAGUAGAAGACAGACAGACGGCAGAGUAUCGAGGGAGAACUGAGAUUUUAAGAGAUGGCAUCACUGCAGGGAAGGCUGCUCUCCAAAUUCACAGCGUCAGAGCCUCUGACAGUGGAAACUACCUGUGUUAUUUCCAAGAUGGCAACUUCUACGAAAAAGCCUUGGUGGAGCUGAAAGUUGCAGCUCUGGGUUCGGAUCUUCACAUUGAAUUGAAGGGCCAUGAGGAUGGAGGGAUCCACCUGGGGUGCACAUCCACCGGCUGGUACCCCCAGCCCCAAAUACAGUGGAGAGAUGCCAAGGGCCAGAACAUGCCAGCCAUGGCAGCACCUCCAGCUACAGAUGGAGCGGGCCUGUAUGCAGUCACAUCAUCUCUAACGGUGAAAAGCAGCUCUGGAGAAGGGGUGUCCUGUAUCAUCAGAAAUCCCCUCCUCAACCAGGAAAAGACAGCCCAGAUUUCCAUUGCAGAUCCCUUCUUCAGAAGGGCCCAGCGCUGGAUCGCUGUCUUCGCGGGGACGCUGCCUGUCUGUCUGCUGCUCCUCGCAGGGGCUGGUUACUUCCUGUGGCUACAGAGGAAAGAAAAGAAGGCUCUAUUCAUGGAGAAAGAGAGAGCAGAAGAGGAAAAAGAAACAGCAAGGGCAGAAAAAGAGCAGGAACAAAGAAUAAAAGAGACACUCGAGUAUGAACUCAAGUGGAGAAAGAUCCAGUACAUGGCUAGUGGGAAGAAGUCUCAGGCCUAUCCUGAGUGGAAGAAGGCCCUCUUCCAAGCUGCGGAUGUGAUAUUGGAUCCGAACACAGCAAACCCCAUCCUGCUUGUUUCUGACGACCAGAGGAGCUUGCAGCGAGCAGACAAACGACAGAAUCUGCCAGACAACCCCAAGAGAUUUGAUUGGCAUUACUGUGUGCUUGGCUGCAAGAGCUUCACGUCAGGGAGACACUACUGGGAGGUAGAGGUUGGGGACAGGAAAGAGUGGCACGUCGGGGUGUGCAGGGAGAACGUGGAGAGAAAAUGUUGGAUUAAAAUGACACCCGAGAAUGGCUUCUGGACUAUGGGGCUGUCUGAUGGGAAUGACUAUCGGGCUCUCACUGACCCCCGGACCAAACUGACAAUUGCCAACCCUCCUCAAAAAGUGGGGAUUUUCCUGGACUACGAGACUGGUGAAGUCUCCUUCUACAACGCCGCGGAUGGAUCUCAUGUGUACACCUUCCCGCACACCUCCUUCUCUGGGCCUCUGUGGCCCGUUUUCAGGAUUUUGACCUUGGAGCCCACUGCCUUGACCAUUUGCCCAGCAUUGACAGGAGUGGGGAGUUCCAGUGUUCCUGACCUAGAGCCUGACCUUUCUCUGGAGACCCCCGUGGCCCUGGGCUCAGCUGAUGAGAAUGGGGAGCCUCAGGCUGAAGUAACGUCCUUGCUUCUCCCUGCCCAGCCUGAAGCUGAGGGCCUCUUCCCUACCAGCAACAAAUCACAACCGUAAAAUACCAAAGACACACACUGUGUGAAGCACUUCACUAAUAUUAAUACAAUUAUUUAUUCCAUAUGGACAGUUGAGUUUGAUACUGCUUUAUUGUCUCCUUUAUAUGGAGAAAGAAACCAGGGUGCAGAAAAGUGAAUUCACUUCGCAAAGGUCACUCAGCUAGUAAAUGACAGCUGUGAUUUGAAUAUAAAACAUUUACGGAUGACGUAAGUGUACUGGGGGUUGUGUCAAAGCUUUAAAUAAAUGUUCUCCUUUAAUCCUCACA